AGGCAGAGCAUUGCUUCCACGGUGAGCCAUCCAGCUCUGCAGUUGUGCACGCAGCAGAGAUGCAGGCUCGGGCUGGCACCAUGGCCAAGUUUAGGAUAAGAGUAUCCACUGGGAAAGCCUGCGGGGCUGGCACGUGGGAUAAAGUAUCUGUCAGCAUCGUGGGGAUGCGGGGAGAGAGCCCCCUGCUGCCCCUGGACCACCUAGGCAAGGAGUUCACUGCGGGCGCUGAGGAGGACUUCGAGGUGACGCUCCCCCACGACGUGGGCCCAGUGCUGCUGCUGCGGGUGCACAAGGCACCCCUUGCUCUGCCUCGCCCACUUGGACCCUUGGCCCCCAACGACGCCUGGUUCUGCCGCUGGUUCCAGCUGGAGCCACCAGGAGGAGUCCCACUCCGCUUCCCCUGCUAUCAGUGGCUGGAGGGAGCAGGGGACCUGUUGCUACGAGAAGGGGCAGCCAAGGUCUCCUGGGCGGACCACCAUCCUAUCCUCCGGCGACAACGCCAGGAGGAGCUCCAGUCCAGGCAGCGGAUGUACUGCUGGAAGACUUACAGCCCAGGUUGGCCUCACUGCCUUGACCAGCCGACUGCGAAAGACCUGGACCUCAACAUCAAGUACUCUGUAGUCAAGAACACCAAAUUCUACACAAAAGGCAGCUCUGCUUUUGCAGAGCUAAAAAUCAAGGGACUUCUGGACCGCACAGGGCUCUGGAGGAGUCUGAGGGAGAUGAGAAGGAUGUUCAACUUCCAGAAGAGUCCAGCAGCUGAAUAUGUGUUUGAGCACUGGCAGGAUGACACCUUCUUCGCCUCCCAGUUCCUGAAUGGCCUCAACCCUGUCCUGAUCCAACGCUGUCGCAGCCUCCCAAAGAACUUCCCAGUCACCGAUGACAUGGUGGCCCCAAUACUGGGCCCUGGGACCAGUCUGCAGGCUGAGCUGGAGAAGGGCUCCCUGUUCUUGGUGGAUCACGGCAUCCUCUCUGGCGUCCAUACCAAUGUCAUCAAUGGAAAGCCUCAGUUCUCUGCAGCCCCAAUGACCCUGCUAUACCAGAGCCCAGGGAAUGGGCCUCUGCUGCCCCUUGCCAUCCAGCUCAGCCAGACCCCGGGUCCCAACAGUCCCAUCUUCUUACCUACUGAUGACAAGUGGGACUGGCUGCUGGCCAAGACCUGGGUGCGCAAUGCUGAGUUCUCUGUCCACGAGGCCCUCACACAUCUACUGCAUGCGCACCUACUGCCUGAGGUCUUCACCCUGGCCACACUGCGCCAACUACCCUCCUGCCACCCUCUCUUCAAGUUGCUGAUUCCACACACACGGUAUACCUUGCAUAUCAACACGCUUGCCCGUGAGCUGCUCAUCGCCCCUGGCCAGGUGGUAGACAGGUCCACAGGCCUUGGCAUUGGAGGCUUCUCUGAGCUGAUCCAAAGGAAUAUGGAGCAGCUGAGCUACUCUGUGCUGUGUCUGCCCGAAGACAUCCGGGCCCGAGGAGUUGAAGACAUCCCAAACUACUACUACCGGGAUGAUGGGAUGCAGAUCUGGGGGGCAGUGGAGCGCUUCGUCUCUGAAAUUGUGGGCAUUUACUACCCAAAUGAUGCAUCUGUCCGAGAUGACCAAGAACUCCAGGCCUGGGUGAGGGAGAUCUUCUCCAGGGGCUUUCUAGACCGAGAGAGCUCAGGUGUGCCCUCCUCACUGGACACCCAGGAAGCUCUGGUGCAAUAUGUCACCAUGGUGAUAUUCACUUGUUCAGCCCAGCACUCAGCCGUCAGUGCAGGCCAGUUUGACUCCAGUAUUUGGAUGCCCAACCUGCCACCCACUAUGCAGCUGCCACCACCCACUUCCAAAGGCCAGGCACAGCCUGAGGGUUUCAUAGCCACCCUUCCACCAGUCAAUGCCACGUGUGAUAUCAUCAUUGCCCUCUGGUUGCUGAGUCGGGAGCCUGGAGACCAAAGGCCCCUGGGCACCUAUCCAGAUGAACACUUCACAGAAGAGGCCCCACAGAGGAGUAUUGCCGCCUUCCAGAACCACCUCACCCAGAUCUCAAGGGACAUUAAGGAGAGGAACCAGAAGUUAGCAUUGCCUUACCCCUACCUGGACCCUCCCCUCAUUGAGAACAGCGUCUCCAUCUAAAUCCCUGGAGAACAUAGUCCCAUGUGACAUAUGUCCUUCUGACCACAUCACUCUAGACUAAGACCCACAGAAAAGGAUCCCCAAGAGAAACAGGCCCCAGAGUGCCUCUCUUGAGACAACUGUGUAACUCACCCUCCUCCUCCUCCUCAAAACAGAGAAACAAAGGGCUGGGGUGUGGCCCAGUGGUAGAGUGCUAGCCUAGCAUGGGUGAGGCCCUGGGUUCAAUCCCCAGACCCCCAAAAGACAGAGAAAACAUCCACAGAGAACAGAAUUCUGUGGCACAAGGAUGACAAACCUUGGGAGACUCUAAGCCUUAAAGUGCCUGCACAGCUCCCUUGAGGGUUUUACUAGUUUUGUUCUGCCUUCCAUUACCUUGGACUGUAACCAGGAAAGGAUCCUGGCCUACUGACCACAGCCAAUCAGGCAUCAUGGUCACCUGACUCAAGGGCAGCCAUCAUGUAGGCUGCUGGACCACACAAGAAGUGGCUCAGCCUGAAGACUGCCCAACAGGUUGAUCAUGGCCUACUGUCCCAGUUUAAAAAUGAAUGAAUGUUUGAGAAAGGAUCAUUAGAAGAUAGAAGGAAAAGGACACAUGGCCCAAGGGCCAAUUGCAGGCGGUGCCCUCCUUUGUUUCUCAGAACUUGCCCCGAAGUGUAUUUUAAAGCAGCUUCUAUUUCCAGGGAAUUAGAAACUAUUGAUGUAUCACUAAUCAUACUUUGCCUUCCUGAUUCCAUCUUCAAUGAUGGAAUUCCAAAUUCUUCAAUUUUAUUUAUUUAUUUAUUUGGUGGUCCAGAUUUAGCGAACAUUCAUUAAAACAAUUAAGUUCUUUCGAAUUCACCUGAUGAUUUUCAUCUCUGACUUAUAGGUAUCAGUGCUUUAGAUUUUGAGCUUCUUCACUAAUAUUCUUUAAUCUUAUUUUUUUUUCUUUUGUACUGGGGAUUGAAACCAUGGGUGCUUUACCACUGAGCUACACCCCCAGUCCUUCUUAUUUUUCAUUUUGAGAUUUUUGUCUCUAAGUGUCUGAGGCUGGCCUUGAACUUUGUGAUCCUCCUGCCUUAACCUCCAAGUCACUGGAAUUACAGGGAUUAUCUUUGUAAGCAAAAAUACUAGUUUUACUAAUUUUUAUGCACCAUAAUUUUACUAAUUUUUGCAAAAUAAUGAACAAAAUACAAAACAUAUACUAUAUCUGCAUAAAUUUAACCAUGGAACUCAAUGGGCAAAUGCUUCAGAAAGAACAGUGUGGGCUGGCAGGUAACGUGAAUUAUUCUUCCCCAUUCAGAACCAGUGUACCAAAAGAGCUAUGCAUUUAUUAAACUUCUUUGGUUUCGAUCAAUAAAUAAUUCCUGCUCACUUAAGUCAAUAAAGGAGUUCAUGGGAAUGAAA